GGUUUGAAUGGAUGAGCACGGGGCUAAGCCAGCUCUGCGUGGGAACGACGCCAGAACACACGGAUUGCAAGUCCAGCCCACGCAAGUGAAAUCCGCCGAGACCGCACGCAUUCGGCCCCACGAAACGGAUCCCAUACCGGCCGAGUCAAAAGCCAGGCGGUUCACCUGUCAAGACAGUUACCUGCUUGCAGCCGAUUUUGAACGAUUCAGAACUUUGACGGAAUUCAAAAAGUAAAACUUAGAAUUUUUUUUGGGGGGGGGUUUAACCCCUCCGCCCUCGCCUACGCCAUACUCAGGUUGCGCUGCCAAGGGAAAUGCACAGAAAACAGCCCACUAAGUCGUCCCGUCCCCCGUCCCCCAGAAGAGCAGGGAGAAGCGGUAGGACCGCAUCCCCGCUUCAGCCCAGAGUGGCAGUGCGAUGGUGUUUAUCCCGACAGUCCCAGCAUUCCUCCCCCCUGACUCACCCUCGUAUCCACACUGCUGGAGUGGGGGGGUCGGAGCGUUCUGGACUCGGGGAAGAAGCCCAGCUGUUCUCCAGCCAGAGAGAAGAGCCGGGCAGCUGCAGAGAGGAACAUCUCGUCUUCAAAGCAGCUCCAGCAAGACAGUUUCGUGAAACCACCACGACAGAGAAUUGCAGAAUUUCAAGAAGAACUGGAAGGGGGCAGAAAUGAAAAUAUUUUGGCCCUUUGCGUUGGGAAUGGUUUUCUUUGGGAAUUUAUGUGUGUCGGCUCCCGAGGACUGCCCCGGCCAGCGGCGGAGGCUGAGAGCCCAGGUGCGGGCCCUGGAGCAGCGGAUCGGGCAGCAGCGGCUGCAGGUGGAGCAGCUCCGCGGCCAGCGGCAGCACAGGGCGGCCGAGCAGAGCCCGAACCCAGCGGGACAGGCGGGCUUCGCAGACUGUGCCCAGGUCUUCAACGCCGGGAACAGGAGGAGUGGGUUCUACCGGAUUAAACCCCUUCGGUCUCCGUCCGACUUCCUGGUCUACUGCGACAUGAGCGAGGGAGGCGGCUGGGCUGUGGUCCAGAGACGCACCGACGGCAGCGAGUCCUUCAACAGACCCUGGAAAGACUAUAAAGAAGGCUUUGGAAACACGCUUUCUGCAGAUGGAGAAUUCUGGUUAGGAAACGACAAACUGCAUUCCUUAACCUCCCAAGGAAACUACAAUCUGAGAAUUAACAUGAUCGACUUUGAAGGUGACCAGAGGUUUGCCAUCUAUAGGAAUUUUAAAGUCGGAGAUGAACAGAGCUUGUACCGGCUCAGUUUCGGGGAAUACUCCGGGACGGCGGGGGACUCGCUGUCGGGCAGGUACCACCCCGAGGUGCAGUGGUGGGCGGGUCACAACGGGAUGAACUUCAGCACCUACGACAGGGACAACGACCGCUACGAGGGCAGCUGCGCUCAGGAGGACACGGCUGGCUGGUGGUUCAACAGAUGUCACUCUGUCAACCUGAAUGGCCACUACUACAAGGGGCCCUACACUGCAGUCUCCGACAACGGGAUUAUCUGGUACACAUGGCAUGGAUGGUGGUACUCUAUCAGAUCUGUUGUAAUGAAGAUCAGGCCUGCUGAGUUUGAACCCAAUGAGGUGUAAAUAUGUAGAAAAUACAACUUCCUAAAGCCAGCUGCAAGCCAAUACAGUAUUAUUUUAAACGUCUUAAAAGUAUUUUGCAGCCUUAUUUCUUCCUGUGCUUCCUAGAUUUUAGGGCAGUGUUAUUUAAAGCCCUUUCAUCGGUAGUACAGUAUACUAAUGUUUUCUAAGGUGUUUUGCUCUAUUUGAUUAUCCUGGUUAUAUUUAGCAAUUUUUUGUACAUUUCUAAUAAAGCUUAAAGCAUUCA